UUUGGUUGUAGGUUGGGGUCGCCAGUAGAUGUCAUGACUUCGAAAUCCAAAUUCAGAACUGUAACGGUUGAGGGGAAUAUAGGCUGCGGAAAGUCAACAUUUUUGCGUUUCUUCCAGCAGCUAUCUCCUAACAAUGAAGUCGUACAUGAGCCGCUAUAUUUAUGGAAAGAUGCUAGAGGAUAUGAUCUAUUCGAACUUAUGUAUCAAGAUCAGCGCCGUUGGUCUGUUCCUUUCCAAGCUCAGGUUCUUGUAACAUUAUUAGAUCUUCAGUCAAAACCACCGAACAAACCAGUACGCUUGCUGGAAAGAUCGAUUUAUAGCAGUCGAUACUGUUUCACAGAAAAUAUGCACAAUAACGGGAGUAUUUCAGAUGCUGACUAUGAAGAGCUCCUUAAAAUUUACCAAUGGAUAUUCAAGUAUAAAAGUUUACCAAUAGAUUUAAUCGUUUAUUUACGUGCAAAUCCAACUGUUUGCUUCGAGCGUUUACAUGCUAGGAAUCGUUCCGGAGAAGAAGGUAUUGCUCUUAAAUACCUUGAAGAUUUGCAUGAAUUACAUGAGGCAUGGUUAAUAGAACGCCGUUUCGGCCCGUUACCUGCUCCUGUAUUAGUGUUCGAUUGUAAUAAACCAUUUCCUGAACUAUUAUCAGUCUAUCGAUCUCAUAAAGAAAAAAUUAUGGGUGAUGAUGCUGAAGUAUGA